AUGAAAAUUGUCUGUACUGGCAUCAGCUGUUCGGGUCGCAAAGAGUUGAUGGCGAAUUUUAAGAUACUCUGCAUGAAAAGAAAACUGAGCAUCGGAUUCUUCAGCGUCGGCGAUGUUAUGCACCGCGCCGCUGCGGAAGCCCGUGUCCAUUUUACAGACAAAGUUCUCGAUUCGGAUCCAGCAGUACUAUCGUUGGCGAGGCGCACUGCUUUCUACGAAAUCGCACGACGCGCCGAAUCCUAUGAACAUGCCAUCAUCGGGUUACACGGCUGCUUUCGAUGGCGCGGGAGCCUCAUUGAAGGGUUUUCUUUCAAAGAUAUUGAAAUCCUUCUACCCGACCUCUUGAUUAACGUCGUUGACAAUAUCGCCGAUAUAUCGGAACGGAUGCAAGAAAGUUCACAAUGGUCAGGGAUGGGUAAUGCGACACUCAAUGUCUGGUUGGACGAGGAGGAGUUCCUGACGCGGCAAAUCGCAAAUCUCACGGAAAAGUCAUACUACACUGUCGCAAGGCAACACAAUCUUGAGAAUUUUUAUGAGCUGCUCUUUUCGUCAAAACCGAAAUUUUACCUCAGUUACCCGAUUACACUUUUAAGAGAUACGCCCAAGGAAAUUGAGAAAAUCCGAGAGAUUGGCGAAAAACUGAGUCGCUCCUUUAUUGUCUUUGAUCCGCUCACAAUUAAAGAUAUGGCACUGGUGACCGCUGGCGGAGAAGGGAGUAGUGGCACAGAGGAUAUACCUCCAACUAUGAGUGAGAUGGGUGAAGACGUGAUCCAACAGAUUAAAACGCGAACAAUCUCCCGGGAUUAUCAAUUCGUCCAUCAAAGCGAUUUUGUAGUUGUCAUCUAUCCUACGGACAAAUUAUCUCCCGGUGUCCUCAGUGAGAUGAACUACGCUUCUCGCCAUAACAAACCGGUGUAUGCAGUUUACACUGGCACGCGGAGUAUCUUCUUUGAGAACUUGUGUGAUCGGAUUUUUGACACCUUUGAGGAAUUAGCAGACUUUCUGACGACUACGUAUAAGGUAGACGAAAGUUGA